UCUGCCUAGUGAGAGCCUCCAGAGCCAGGAGCCCUUCUCCGGCGGCGUCCCAUGCUGUGGAGGCGCUGCUGGGCUCUGUGGAGCGGCUGCCUGCUGGAGCUCUUUCCCCUGCCCUCCGCCUGGGCUCUUCUGGGGGCAGCAGCAGCAGACACCCGAGGCUCUGGGGGAGAGAAGAGGAGAAGCAGGAACAGUAGCCCAGCCAUGGACGAGGAGGAGGAGGAAGUGCUCCAGGAGAGUUCCUCACCAAAUGAUAUGACUGAAGAGCAGCCUUUUGCUGCUUCCAGUGAAGACCCGAAAGAAGAAGUAAGAAAACGGCAAAAUUCAAGUCAAGGUUCCCGGGGCAGUGAUUCCUCUAGAACAUCCAGAAAAAGCUUCAGACUGGAUUAUAGGUUGGAGGAAGAUGUGACAAAAUCUAAGAGAGGUAAAGAUGGAAGGUUUGUCAACCCCUGGCCAACAUGGAAAGCCCCAUCUUUCCCCAAUAUUUUGAAGUGGGCUCUUACAGAAAAGGACAACAGCAAGGUCCCAUCUUCAAAGCAGGAACUUGACAGGGAGCUUCCAGUGUUGAAACCUUACUUUGUCCAAAAUCCUGACCUAGCUGGAAAAACAGGAGCUGGUAUACGAGUAACAUGGCUUGGACAUGCAUCAGUGAUGGUGGAAAUGGAUGAACUUAUAUUUCUUACUGAUCCGAUCUUCAGCCAGCGGGCUUCUCCAGUACAGAUUGCGGGCCCCAAGCGUUUCCGAGGACCUCCUUGUACAGUGGACCAGCUCCCCAAAAUAGAUGCAGUGCUGAUCAGCCACACCCAUUAUGACCAUUUGGACUACCACUCUGUAGUGAAUUUAAAUAGUCGCUUUGGUAGUGACCUGAGAUGGUUUGUUCCCCUGGGUCUCUUAGACUGGAUGCAGAAAUGUGGUUGUGAGAAUGUAAUUGAAUUGGACUGGUGGGGAGAAAACUGUGUUCCUGGCCAUGAUGCUGUUACCUUUGUUUUCACUCCUGCUCAACACUGGUCCAAGAGAACUGCACUAGAUGACAACAAAGUUCUCUGGGGAAGUUGGUCUGUCUUGGGACCUUGGAAUAGGUUUUUUUUUGCUGGAGACACUGGCUAUUGCGUUGCGUUUGAGGAGAUAGGGAAGCGUUUUGGACCUUUUGAUUUGGCAGCUAUUCCCAUUGGAGCAUAUGAACCAAGGUGGUUUAUGAAGUACCAACAUGUGGAUCCUGAAGAAGCUGUAAGGAUUCACAUUGAUGUACAAACGAAGAAAUCUGUUGGAAUUCACUGGGGGACCUUUGCUUUAGCAAAUGAGUACUACCUAGAUCCUCCAGCUAAACUGAAGGAAGCUCUUGAUAGAUAUGGAUUGAAAACUGAAGAUUUCUUUGUGCUAAAACAUGGAGAAUCACGAGACAUUAAUAUAAACGAUGAUGGAUUUGAAUAAAAAUACAAAAAAAUAUAAUUUCUUAUUGACCUCCAUCUCAGGAUUGAUGGAGUUGGGAGUGAUACCUUUUUGUAAAAUUUUAAACAGGAUUUUUAAGAUUUCCAAUUUUUUUCUUUAGUUAUCUAAUGGUCCCCCUAAACCCCUGCAUACCAGCCUUAUAAAAUGAUAGGUUUUUAACAAAUGAAUGGAAUAACACUGGAUGGUAUUAACUUAGUGCAGAUGGUUAUAUUGCCUGUGCAUUAAAAAUUUACAGUUUUUUAAACAAAUUACAGAAAUACCACUAGAAGUCACCUUUAGGAGUUACCUAUUUAGACCACUGUCUUGCAGACAGAAUAGCACAUUGUAGUGCUAAUCCCUUUCCCAGUCUAAAAGGGCGGUUUCCAGUUUCAGUUAUGGGGGAGUUACUGUGAGAACAGUAACUACAAGUCAUGCAUGUACAUGCAGACAUGGUACAUACUGACAUGGACCCUGUAGGCUCCUGACAGAAAAAGUGAUUUGUAUAUAUAGAUUGGCUUCUGCAUGUAUUUGACUCCAGGCCAGCUGUAGCAGACAAACAUAUAUCUCACAAAAACAGGCUGGGCUGCAUGGGGAGAUACGUGGCUGUGGACUUUGACAUAUGCACAUUAGUCCUCUCCUCAUUGGCUGUGCUUAAGAAACAACCCAUUGUCUGCUGGGUGCAGCUGGGAGUCACAACACUCCACACUCUUUCACUAAUCAUUUGAUCAGCAGGAGCAUACACACAUCCAUGAUGUGAGGACGUUAGAAAACAGGACUUCACACUUACUUCCUCGAAAUAUGAUGCUACCUAGGUGUUCACAGCAUACGGUAGUAUUACUGUCAUGUAGGAAUUAAUAGCACUUCAUUGCAAGUAUGUAACAGGAAUCUGAAUAUUUUUGAUAACUGAUUAGGAUUACAACUUUCACUUAUGAUCCAUUAUCCCAUAAAGCAGGUACACAAUUUAAUCCUGUUGCAUGUUUACAGAUGAAGCCCACAUUAAUCAUUUUAUGUUUUAAGUGUGCUUAGGACUACAUAUUUAACCGUGGCCAUCCAACAAACAAUAGGUUGCCAUGGUUUUAACUCUGUUUUGUAUUAGACAGUAAUCUAAAAGCAUUUCAAUGUUUAAUAGCCCCAAAUAAGGCAAUGGCACUACCUGAUACAAAUUGUUGAGUAGUCACAUUGCAGUAAAUAUGGUUUGGAACACUGCAGCCUUAGUAUGAACAGUCUUUGAACCAUUAUCUCCCUUGAGUAGAUUAUUCACCCAGAGGGUGUGUUCUGUGCCUUCAUAGAUGUUGAAAUAUAGGAUUUUUGAGAUGGAGUCUUCCAACACAAUUGUUGCUAAAAGCACAUUUUAAACAGAAUAUCGAUUUUACUGAAUGCGUGUACAUUUUCAUUUGCAAACAUAAGAGCCAAUUUCUGAAAUAAUCUAAAAUAAAAUGUGCCUUUUAAAAGAGUUUAACUACUAAAAAUGCCUAUUUAUUUUACUGCUGGCCAGAAUAUCUGUACCUUGCAUUGUGCUGUCACUGUGAAAUUUAUCUUUAUCAUGGGCCUGAAUACUUCUUUUGUUUGAAAAUCUCAUUGGCAAGUAGUUUGCACAAGUAAAAUAAUCAGUUCGUUGUUCUCUGAAAUAUUUAUUCAACUUACUUUGUUUUUGCUCUCUCCCUGCACCAACUGAGAUCUUACAAAAAUUGUUUUAGUGGAAUGAUUUGAAAAUGUGUACAGAUUGCUUAUAGAAUGAAAGCAUGAUAUGAUUAUGAAUUUGUUCAGCAUUGUAGACCAUGGCCAAAUGUAUCUGUGUUGCUAUACUAAUUUACAGAAUAAAGAAUUCUUUGUUCAAA